AUGGCUAGGACAAAGAAGGCUAAGCACCCCGUACCAGUUGUCCCAACGGAGGAACGGGAUCGACUGGAUGUUCUGAUAGAUACGUUAGCCAUGAUGGAUCUUCCUGAUGCGGAUGAGGAGGGUGGAGAUGAAGAUAGGGACGACAAGGAUGAGGAUGAGGAUGAGGAGGAUGGAGAUCAAGACAGGGAGGACAAGGAAGAUGGUCGGAGUUCGGACGAGCCGAAAGGUCACUUGCCGGAAACUGAAUCGUAUGAUAAGGAUUUCCCCAGCGGCGGAUUGGUGGCCUUCGAUAGCACACGCCCUCCACCAAGGUAUUCUUGCACUUCGUCUGUGCAAAGAUGGGCAUACGAGGUGGCCGGAAUCGAUAUCGACUCACUCGCGGAGAAUGACGCUGCUGUAGCUGCUGUACGAGAUAGCGACAACUGGUCCGAAGUCAGUGGUUUCAGCCCACAGGACCUCCUUGCAGCUCGGGAGGAUCGGAUUGAGCAGGUCCGCGUUAUGUUCUCAGAUGACCUCAGCGAUAUCACCAUGAGCGAAGACGAUCCUACAGGGAUGUUUAUGCGUGAGGCGCGUAAUUUUAGGUCUAUCACUGUAUUGUAAUCUUUUGGGAAGUCACAAAGUUUAAUGUCAG